CUUUUAAUAUUUUCAUGUAAUUCAUUCUCUAUCAAAGAAUCCAAGAUCGCAAAGUUGUUCGAACUUUCUAUUUGAUUACAGACCUAUUGAUACGAGCUAGCCAUUGUUUUCGUUUUCUAGCUUCGUCAACUCUAUCACAACAUAUAUAUAUAAAAAAAAAAUCUCCAACGUCAGGAACUUUCCAUUUGAUUCCAUUCACACUCUAAUUUAUAAUCUUCUUCAACCCUUCUGGAUUAUCCAAUUGUUCAAUCAAUUUGAUCUGAGAUGGGUGAUGCAUCUGCCAGAAACCUCCACCUGAUGCUUGAUGCUAAUAAUGAUUUUGAGUUGCAUGACUUCAUAGAUGAAGCCAACUUCGAUCAGUUCAUCGAUCUGAUUCGAGGAGAUAAUGAAGAUCAUCAGAUUACUGCAGGUUUUGAUUCUGAGCUUAUCAAUGGCUUACUGGUGGAUAACCAGUUUGGUAAUCCUACUCAGGAAGAUGUAUUUGAUUUUAGUGCAAUGGUGCCUGAUCAGAAUUUUAUCCCCAAUAUCACAUUGCCAAAUUUUGAAGCGGAUAUGAAAGAAAUAGAAGAAGAUAAUGAUGGGGAGGAAGAUUCUUCAGGAACUAUCACAACCACCACCACCACGAGGAAGACGAAAACUGAUAGAUCAAGAACUUUGAUCUCGGAACGUAGGAGGAGGGGAAGGAUGAAGGAGAAACUUUAUGCAUUGAGAUCUUUGGUUCCUAACAUUACUAAGAUGGAUAAUGCCUCCAUAAUUGGAGACGCUGUGCAAUAUGUGCAAGAGAUGCAAAUGCAAGCCAAGAAACUUAAAAAUGAGAUUGCUGGUCUGGAAGCAUCCUUAGCAGGAUCAGAUAGAAGUCAAGGAUCAACCAAAAAUCUGAGGAAGCUUCACAUUGCAAACAACAAAAACUUAAUUUGGAAGAAGAUCAUUCAGAUGGAUGUGUUUCAAGUGGAAGAAAGAGGGUUUUACGUGCGAUUGAUGUGCAACAGAGGAGAUGGGGUUGCUGUCUCUCUCUAUAGGACUCUGGAGUCACUCACAAGCUUCAAGAUUCAAAGCUCAAACUUGACCACUGCUGCUGAAACACUUACGUUAACAUUCAGUUUAAAUGUUAAAGAAAAUGAGAAGGACGUGAACUUGCCAAAUUUGAAGCUGUGGAUUACUGGGGCUCUUUUCAACCAAGGAUUUGAAUUCUUUACAGCUUUAUCAGCUUAGCUCAUCUUAGGAUCUCUAUAUCGUACAUUCUAUCUCAAGCAUGUGAAGAAUUGAUUAGGAAGCUAAUCAGGCAUACCAUAGCCAUCCUUACUUAAAUAAGUAUGCAAGUCCUUUUUUGAAUAUAAUUUCUUUAGAAGAUUAAAUGGAUUGUAAAGGUAAGGUAUUUUUACACACCAAGUCAUGGCCAUGAUCCAAUUCUGGACCGGAAUUUGACAGAUGUAAUAUGAAAUUGAAAACGAUUUGAAUUGACUUAAUAGAAAUGGGCAUUGAAUUAGAUCAAAAUCAAAUUCGAAUUA